AUGUCGAAUUUGCUGGAGGCGAACGCUGGAGGGCAAAGAGAGAUGGCCAUGAAAAUGGCUAUGGCCGAAUUGGACAAGAAGGAUAAAAAGAAGGACAAAAGCCAUCGACUUCCCAUUACACCAACCAUUGUAGAAGUCGAGGACGCUAAGGAGUUGACAUCUGCCACGGUAAUCAAUCACCACGCUCCAAAUUCCGUCCAGCAGCCGACAACAGCCAAUGGUAUGCCAACUGCAAUUAGAGAAAUCGAGUCCAUCCCUGGCACUGUGCAGCCGCACGUUGGUGAAACGCCCAUUCUUGACAAGGUUGGCACUCCUGGAAUCGCUGUACAAUCUUCGUCACCCGAUGCGAAGGCUUCGGAAGGCAGAGAUAUUCUCGCGAUGAAAUCUGCCUCGCAACAUUCACUUGUUAUACCUGAAAUUACAAAUACGACUUCCACUGCUCCCACUCCUUCAAUAAUCAGUAGUCCACCGAUUAUGCAAGAAAUAUCACCUCCUGCUUCGACGCCUACACCAACAGCAGCACCUCCAACACAAUCACGUCCACCUUCUGCUUCGCAAUCGUCGCAGCCAACGAUUACGCAAAAUCCAUCUGCAACACCCCCUCCACCUCCACCUCCACCUCCGCCAACAUUUCCAGCUGCAGUAGAGGUUCAUCGGAAUAAUGAUUCUGCAGAG